CCUCCUCCACGCCGCGGGUCUGCAAUUGCCACCGAGAGAUGUUCACCCGUGCGGCGAGCAGGCUUAGUAGGAAGCGACCUCCGUCAGAAAUAAAUGACAACGACAGCAAGCCAAGCAGCAGCCACCAAAGUUUAAAUGGUACCACAAGAUGGGCUACAUCGCUAGAAAAUUUACUGGAGGAUCCAGAAGGCGUCAAGAGAUUUAGGAUGCAGACAAAGGCAAAUGAAAUUUACACGACUUUCCUGUCAAGUAAAGCUUCUUUCCAAGUCAACGUUGAAGGGCAAUCCCGUUUGGAUGAGUCAAUAUUGGAAGAACCUCACCCUCUAAUGUUUCAGAAACUUCAAAACCAGAUCUUCAACCUCAUGAAGUAUGAUAGCUACAGCCGCUUCUUAAAGUCAGAUGCAUUUCUUAAACUGAAGCAGACCGAAGAACAGGAAGAGAAUUCACCAGAUGCUCAAACUGUAGCAAAAAGAGCUUCUAGAAUUUACAACACAUGAUCCAAACAACAACAAACAAUAGAUCCCACUGAGACUAAUGAAAAGCAAAUGAGUUCUCAGGAAUAGUCUGUGAGGUUAACACAAUUGCAUUUCGAGCUUGAAAAAUAUAAGAACCCUGUUUUGCAAUGCUUAACCUUUGCUUGAAUGACCUGAUUGUUUUUGCAUAG